AUGGUAUCGUGGACGGCAGUGGCCGCGCUAGCUGCAGUCUUGGUUGUCAAAUUCACGCCGGAGUAUUCCCUGCACUCCUCCUAUUCUCUCACGGCAACUGCUUUUGUCUCGACAGCCUGGGUGGCCAGCUUUAUCUAUACUAGCAUACUGUAUCCGACAUACCUGUCGCCGCUCAGACACAUUCCUACUCCUCCCAACCGUUCCUGGCUUUUCGGACACACCGCUUCUCUGGCGCUCCGAUUUCCAGUCGAGCCGAUCCGAGAGUGGGUGAAAACCGUGCCCAACAAUGGCUUGAUCAGAUACUAUGUCAUUGGUAAUCGCGAGAGGGUAUUUCUCACCUCGCCCAAGGCAAUUUCCGAUCUUUUAGUGGCCAAAAGUUAUGACUUUGUGCGCCCUGAGAUUGCGCGUAUUCAGCUGGAAACGGUGACCGGGGAGGGCUUACUGCUCGCCGAGGGAGAUGUGCAUAAAGCCCAGCGCAAAAGUCUCAUGCCCCCUUUCUCCUACCGGCAUAUCAAAGACUUGUACCCAGUCUUCUGGAGCAAGGCUGUACAGAUGACCAACGAGAUCGAGAAAGGGGUGAAGCAGAAAAACGGAGAAGACACAAUCCAAAUCCGCGAUUGGGCGAGCAGAGCGAUGCUCGACAUCAUCGGCUUGGCCGGAAUCAACAAUGACUUCAACUCUGUCAAGGACCCUAACAACGAGCUCGCCCGUCGCUAUCGAAGCCUCGCUGGUGAGACAACGGUCUUGCAGCUUCUUGCUGUGCUACACCAGCAGGGAGAAGCCGAAGGUGCCGCUGUAGAUAUUCUAUCCGUGGCCAUGCGCAGCGGUGGUUUUACCGAUAGCAACCUCGUCGACCAGAUGAUGACCUUUCUCGCUGCUGGGCAUGAAACGACGUCGUCAGCUUUUCAAUGGUCUAUAUAUGCGCUAUCGAAGCAUUCAGAGGCGCAGACUCGACUUCGAAAGGAGAUUCGAGAAACCCUGCCAUCUAUUCCGUUUGACGACCUAGACGACAUUAAAGACAUCAAUGAUAUCAAGAAGAGAUUUUCAAGCCUGUUCUCCUCGAUAGACAGCAACAACCACCACAGUCUCCCCUUUCUAUGGGCCUUUAUCAAUGAAGUCCUCCGCUUCUACCCCUCUGUGCCAUUCACAUCGCGUCAAGCCCUUCGCGAUACAACACUGGCUGGCCAAUAUAUCCCCAAGGGCACAAAUGUCCUCAUCUCACCGGACGUGACCAAUCGAGACGAAGACUUCUGGGGCAAGGAUGCAGGGACAUUCAAGCCCGAACGGUGGCUCGACUAUGAAGACGGUGCCAUCACUCACAACAACCACGGCGGUGCAAAAAGCAACUACGCCAACCUUACGUUUGUUCACGGCCCCCGCAGCUGUAUAGGGCAGGGAUUUGCCAGGGCCGAACUCGCGAUUUUUGUCGCCGUGUUUGUGUAUCGCUUCGAGUUUGAGCUUAGACAUCCGGACAAGGAGCUGGAAAUUAAACGAGAGAUCACUCAGACGCCGGCUGAUGGUGUUGUUGUUAGGAAAUGCGAAUGCGGAUUGGAGCACGAGCAACAAUCCCUGUCUGCACUAGUGACAGUAGAGCACGCUUCAGGUGACCAAUUCUCUGAAACGAUGUCGGCAAAAAGGAAGACAUCCCAUGUGGAAGACCACACAAAUUCUCUGUCUCAGGAGUCAUCGACAGGAAGCAAAAUCCGGCGCGUCACUAAGGAGGCUCAGUCAAACAUUAUCGUUGGACAACGAAGUGGUGGUAAUGAUGCUAGCGCUAUCGCCACUGCUCCUACUGUUCCUCAGCCUACAUCGAAAACACAGGACCAAGUUUUUCCGCGGGCGCCGGAUUUCGUUUCGCCUAGCUAUCCUCGUGGCGACCAUCCUAAUAGCCUACAGAAUCAUGAAGAUAUUCAGCCACCGCAGCCACCGCAAAGGCAGCCUGUACAGUCAUCUCAGGCCACUGAAUCAGAGCGUGGGGUGAUGAUUACAAAUGCCUCCUUUUCGAGAUUUUAUAGAACACAUGAGAGUUGUCCUCUGGAUUAUAUUUUCGGAUAUACUAUGGACGUGUCGGUAGCUUUUAUUUCAACUUUCAGGCCGUCGCCGUUACAUCUGGUUCUUUAUAGAUACUGGAUAGCCCGAGCCAUUGAAAUGAUGUCUUUCCCAAAUAUGCAAAAGUGCAGGCUUUUCAUUUCUCUGUCCUCUUGGUGCGAACUCGAUGUCUCAGACCCCAUAUUACCCAUACCAAGGAGAGUCGCAUGGCCCAACAAGGUAGACGUACCACAGGCACGAAUUGGCCAUCUCUUUUCGACCAGCGUGUUCGGAAACGACUAUGACAUCCCUUUGUAUUACAUCCAGAUUGUGCGCGGACUAUCCGACGCUGUCAAAGUUGUCAUUUGCGCCUCCAAACGCGAACUGGUGAGCUCGGUGUACUACGAGUUAUUUCGCGGAUAUUCGACUGUUUUGAUAUGCGGCAUAUGCCAGAGUGUGUCUCGUAUGCUGUGCUCAUCAGAUUUUGGUCAGGAUGGAAUAGAGCCGUUUAUAAUAUAUGAAGGGCACACGGCUGGUCAGGCGCAGGAGCUCUUGGGGCGGGUUGACAAGAAGAUUGCUAUCGUCUGCUAA